GAUCUUAGUAGCAACCAUCAUUUCACUGUGGCGGUGGCGGUGGAGAUGUAUUGAUGACAGGAAUUUAGAUAAUAUGUACCCCCCCCCCACCAAACACACCGCGCCUACGAGUGAGGAUCUCUAUUUUUCUUUCUCAGCGAGAAUAGACAGCCAAAUUGGUCAAUACUUAACAAUGGAGAGAAAAGUACCUAAUGGAGAGAAAAAGGAAAAAAAGUAAAGGAAAUGGCUGGUUGAUAUAAAUUUUGUUGUUUACUAAUUUAGAGUUAGUACUAAACUACAUGCCUAUAUUUAAGUCUAGAUAACCUAGAUCUAUUCAGUUGUUAGACUGUGACCUAAUCGGACAUGAGAACCUGGAUGGAAAUGUGCCUCUAUGUAUAACUGAAGUAUUAUUACUACUAAUAAAGAAGGAAGCAUAGCCCCAGGAAUGGCUUAACUGCUUAAGCUAGAGGUAUAGUGGAUUGGUGCUCUAACACUCACGGGAGUCUGAUGCCCUUGAACUUCAAUUUGAUUGAAAUCCUAGAGGUUAUAUUAAAAACUUGUGUUUACAACCCUAUCUUCUGAAAAUGAAACUGUAACAGGCCUCAUGCAUAACCCCCAACCUUUGACCCCUUUUGCACUGUUGUUUCCAACCUUUUCUCUUUCUUCUAAACCCUCAAGAUUCCAUCUUUAGAUGCAUUUGGUCCUUAAGGGUUUCAUUUGAAACCACCGUUAAACUGAUGUGAAAAUGCAAAUUUUGCGUAGGGUUUUAGAUAAACAAAAAUUUACUGGGAAAAAAAGGAAUCUUCUUUGCCAACCCUUCAGCCUCCCAAUUCCCCUGCAGCAAACUUCUUGCAUCCCCAAACAUCCACCCAUCCGUUCCCCCAACCUUCAGCCCCGAUUCCCACGGCCCUCACAUUCGGCAACACUCCAUUAUUGGAAUAUGGGACAUGAGGUUCUGGUUCUUUACUAAUGAGCGGGCUUUUCCAUAUAUUGGAAUAUUUUGUGGAAGAAAGGAUACAAAACCAUUUGAAAGUCCCAUGAUCAUUAUGGGAAUUAAGUGAACUAAUUGCAGGGCCAUCUUGAAUGGCUUCAAGUUGAUUGCCCUGGACAUGGUGAUUUCAGGGGAGAUGGGAUUCUGGUUAGGAGGUGUAGAGAAGCUUGGUGUUGCAGGGGGAUGCCUGGUGGUAUGCAUUGCAGUGGAAGUGGGAUGAGGGUGAAGUCUUGAAGAAGUAGAUGAUGUUUUUCAUUUCCCUUUGCUACUUUUACAGAGUCUAUUUAUUAAGCUUGAGGCCUAAUUUGUCUAUUAAUGCCAGCUAUGGAACCUGUCGCUAUGGACUAAAUGUGCCUAAAAUUGGAAGUUUGGGGGCUUAAGAAAAAGAUUGGGGACGUGGGGUCAAAGAUUGGGGGCCAUGUAUGCAAUUUCGCAAUUUGAGAAACAAAAAGAUCAACUUUGAACAACGGUUACCGUAAUAAAAUCUUGAGAAAGUAUUAAAUUUGACCACUAGAAGAAAUAACAUCCAGUAUUUGGCCUUUUUUAGUAAUGUUAAAAUAAUAAAUGUUACCCAAGGUCUAGAAUAUUUUAGUUGGGCUCCAUUUGUAAUUAAAGAGAUUAAUUUUUGAAUACCUCGACAUUAUAUUAUCAAUUUUAUCCAUUACCACUGGUGAUUUUGAUUUCAUGGUUACUUUUACUUUGAUGGUUAAACCUCGUACCUCUAGUUUUGUUCUCACACCAAUAGAAUUUUCAAAAUUAGUUGGUCCUCACAGAUUGCCUGAUUGGACUGUGUUUUGAUGCAUUUGUAGUAAAUUGCACAUCUUCUACUUGACAUUUUCUUCAACUACUACAAAAUAAUUUCGCAUAUGCAGGUUGAAAGCAAUGCACGAUUGGUGACAUGGGAAGAUGGAAGCUUACAAUUGUUAAUUGGAGAACAAGCGUUUAUGGUUUCUGAGCUAGACACAAGGGAAAAUCAGGCGCACCUUUUCCAGAGACAUAAAAAUGGAAUUCUCCAAUCACAAGGGAGAAUCUCAAAAAAACUGCAGUUUCUGCCAGCAUCUGAUUCUCAAUUCUCAGCUAUUCUUGAUGCAACAAGAAAUAAAAAUGUCAAAGUCAAAAGUUGCACUGCUGAUGUCAUCUCUCAAUGGGAGUUGGAAAACAAAAAGAAGAUGGAGAAGCAGACAUAUCGACCUAAUAAACGACUUGGUCAGAUGGGCAAAGGGAUUCACAAAUGUGGACAAAUUGUCAGCCAGGAACAUCGAGUGCCACCAGGUUUGCUGAAGGAUCUAAUGGAUUAUGAACAAGAUUUUCGUGAACAACAGUCUGCUGCACAACACUUAAAUGAGAACAGAGAAAAUGAAGCUGGAGCGUCGGUCUUCACAUUUAAUGGAAAAAAGGCAAGUCAUUUAUGUCACACCCCCCAUCCCAACGGGGGCACUUUCCAGAUUCUGUAUGUUAGAAUAUGCCCUUCUCGUUUCAUUGGAACAUCUACUGAAUUCUCAUCUCAGGGACCAAAAAGUCCUCUGAAAUUAUCAUUUCCAGAUGCCAAAUCAUCUCAAGGUCCGGAAGACUUGCUUGGAAGUCGGAAAAUGGUGGAUAAGUAAGAGGAAAAACUAUGGUUGUUCGUCAUCACAUGGAAGGUUUAAGGAGACAAAGCAGAAAUGAGGAAGAGACUUAUGAAGAUUCAGAAGUGGAGGCUGAGUUAAGCAACAUUUUUUCUAAAUAGAUAUUCGUUUCCAACUUAUAAUGCAUGUAAAAUGAUAAAGAAAUGUUCUAGAAAGUUCUUCUCUACAUUUCCUUUCGGUCUCUUACAAACUAUUGAUUAUCUUGUUGUCACUGAGUUUUUCUGAACAAAGUCCUAAAACA